AUGAAACGGGCUCAUAUUACUAAUAAGAUUCGUCGAAGUUGGUGUGUUUGUGAAAAGCUUAUGGUUGUUUAUUAUUUUGAAUACAUUAAAAAUGUGCGAAAAACAGCUAAAGAGUUUGGAAUCGAGCCUAAACAAGUUCGUGAUUGGCGAAAAAAAAAACAAGAACUUCUAGAUGCUUUACCUCAUGCUUUAUCACUUCAUCCUGGUCGUUCUGCACAAUAUCCAAUUCUUGAAGAAAAGCUUUUUAACUGGGUUAAAGAAUUACGUGAUAGACAAAAUGCA